GGAUUGGUUUACGGUCGCCCUCGCGAUGCGCCCUCGCGAUGCGCGAGGCGCGCGUGCAGGCCUCUCUCCUCGGCCGCGCCUCCACAGGCAGCGGCCGUUGUUUUGGUGCGGCCCAGUCUCUCCCCGCCCCCCGCCGCUGCCUGUCGCUGUGGCCGAGGCGGGUCCCCCCAGUGCGGCGCGCCCCCAGCCGGCGCCGAUGCGCCGGGGGCGGGCCGGCGCGGGGACCCCUCGGGCGCGGCUGCUGGCGGCCGGGGCCCUGGCGCGGCUGCUGGCGGGCGCGGAGGGGGCCUACGAGCAUGGCCAGGACAUACAGGUGAGCAUGAACAAGGCGUGGCCCUUCCAGAACCCCACCGAGACUUACAAGUAUUACGACUUCCCCUUCUGUCAGGUGCCCAACGGAGCGAUGCCGCACUUCAUGACGCUCGGGCAGGUC